AUGCUCCCUUGGCUGCGCAGAAAGAGGGGUGGCGCGGGGGCAGGAGCAGCAGCAGCAGCAGCAGCUGCAAAUGGCGAUGCAACAAACGGGGAAACAGCAUCAUCAGCAUCAGCAGGAGCAGCAGCGGCAGCAGCAGCAGCGGCAGCAGCAGGGCCGCGAGUUCAGACGGAUCCCCCCAGUGUGCCGGUGAAGGACCUUUUUCCCGAUGGGCUCUUCCCUCAGGGGGAGAUCUGCGACUACAAGGACGACAACCUGUGGCGCAAGACGAGUGCAGAGAAGCGCGAGCAGGAGCGGCUGGAGUUCCCCAUCCUGAAUGACCUUCGCCAGGCCGCGGAGGUGCACCGCCAAGUGCGCAAGUACAUGAGGAGGGUGAUCAAGCCGGGCAUGCUCAUGACGGACCUCUGUGAGACGCUGGAGGACACGGUGAGGCGCCUCAUUGCUGCCAAUGGGCUGCAGGCAGGCAUUGCCUUCCCCACCGGCUGCUCCCUCAACUGGGUGGCGGCGCACUGGACGCCCAAUGCAGGCGACAAGACAGUGCUGCAGUAUGAUGACGUCAUGAAGCUCGACUUUGGCACGCACAUCAAUGGCCGCAUAGUGGACUGCGCCUUCACAGUGGCAUUCAACCCGCAGUACGAUCAACUGCUGGCAGCAGUCAAGGACGCCACCAACACGGGCGUGCGCGAGUGCGGCAUCGAUGUGCGCCUGUGUGACGUGGGGUGUGCCAUUCAGGAGGUGAUGGAGUCGUACGAGGUCACCAUCAACGGCAAGACCUUCCCUGUGAAAGCAAUCCGUAACCUGAACGGGCACAGCAUAGGGCCCUAUCAGAUCCACGCGGGGAAGAGCGUGCCGAUCGUGAAGGGCGGCGAGGCGACGCGCAUGGAGGAGGGGGAGCUGUUUGCCAUCGAGACGUUUGGGUCCACUGGCAAGGGCUACGUGCGCGAGGACCUCGAGUGCUCGCACUACAUGAAGAACUUUGACGUGGGGCACGUCCCUCUAAGGCUACCACGUGCCAAGCAGCUAUUGGCCACAAUAGAUCGCAACUUUGGCACACUGGCGUUCUGCCGGCGCUAUCUGGACCGUCUGGGCGAGACCAAGUACCUCAUGGCGCUCAAGAACCUCUGCGAUGCAGGAGUGGUGCAGCCGCAUCCGCCGUUGUGCGAGACCAAGGGCAGCUACGUGGCUCAGUUUGAGCACACACUCAUCCUGCGCCCCACGUGCAAGGAGGUGCUCUCACGGGGGGAUGAUGACUUUUAG